CUGUCUGGCCAUGCUCUCUUGUUCUUGGCCUGGCGCUUUUCUUCCUCCUUCCCCCCUUCUCCGUCCUUCAAGCUCCACGGAUCCUCGCCUAGUCGAUCACACAAAACGGAGACUGGUCCGAAGUCAAUACUCCACUGAGGCAUUCAUUGGUGUCGAUCAACUUGAAGACGUAGCAAAAUGGGAAUAAUUGAAAGAAUUAAAGAAAUCGAGGCCGAGAUGGCUCGUACUCAGAAAAAUAAGGCCACAGAAUAUCAUCUUGGUCAGCUCAAGGCAAAGAUAGCAAAGUUGAGGACGCAGUUGUUAGAGCCUCCAAAAGGUUCAAGUGGAGGUGGAGAGGGUUUUGAAGUUACAAAAUAUGGCCAUGGGCGUGUUGCACUCAUUGGAUUUCCAAGUGUGGGAAAGUCCACACUUUUAACAAUGUUGACGGGCACUCAAUCAGAAGCCGCCUCCUAUGAGUUUACAACGCUGACUUGCAUCCCUGGGAUUAUACACUACAAUGAUACCAAAAUUCAGCUGCUUGACCUUCCUGGAAUUAUUGAAGGUGCGUCUGAAGGAAAGGGGCGUGGUAGACAGGUUAUUGCCGUUUCCAAGUCUUCAGACUUAGUCUUGAUGGUUCUUGAUGCCUCAAAAAGUGAGGGCCAUCGCCAGAUUCUAACAAGAGAACUGGAAGCAGUGGGUCUGCGUUUGAACAAGAGACCACCUCAAAUAUAUUUCAAGAAGAAAAAAACAGGAGGUAUUUCAUUCAAUAGUACUCUUCCUUUAACACAUGUUGACGAGAAGUUGUGCUAUCAAAUUCUACACGAAUACAAAAUUCACAAUGCAGAGGUACUCUUUCGAGAGGAUGCCACGGUUGAUGAUCUUAUUGAUGUAAUUGAGGGGAACCGUAAGUACAUGAAGUGUGUGUAUGUCUACAACAAGAUUGAUGUUGUUGGUAUUGAUGACGUAGACAAGUUAGCCCGCCAGCCCAAUUCAGUUGUCAUUAGUUGUAAUCUCAAGUUGAACUUGGACAGACUACUAUCUAGGAUGUGGGAGGAGAUGGGCCUUGUUAGAGUUUAUACCAAGCCUCAAGGCCAGCAACCUGACUUCUCAGAUCCAGUUGUUCUUUCUGCUGAUAGAGGUGGCUGUACAGUUGAGGACUUUUGCAAUCAUAUCCACAGGAGUUUGGUUAAAGAUGUGAAAUACGUGCUUGUAUGGGGUACAAGUGCGCGCCACUAUCCACAGCAUUGUGGCCUUGGUCAUGUUCUAAAUGACGAGGAUGUGGUUCAGAUUGUUAAGAAAAAGGAAAAGGAAGAGGGAGGGAGAGGUCGUUUCAAGUCGCAUACAACUGGUCCAGCUCGGAUAUCUGACAGAGAAAAGAAGGCUCCUUUAAAGACAUAAUUACAGCAUUAGAUGAUACCAAGUUAAUCUGGAGUGCUUGUUUGAAGCAGAGCUACUAUUCAUUGAAGAUGUGUGACAUAUCCGGUUAGUUUUAUAUCCCAAUCAAUCCACGAAGAUUAUGAUGUGAUUUAUUAUGUUGCUUUCACCGGGCCCUGCUCAACAUCGGCAAAUCUUUCUUAGACCACAAUGUAUAAUUGGAAGUUAUUGAUAAGAAAUCCUUUGUAUUUUAGAUGUUAAGAUGUACUAGAACUACAAUUCGAUUCCAUGUUUUUAAAAAUUAUGAAAGAUAUGCCAAAAGUUUUAUAUUUUGGCUUGAUGA